UAUACAAAUUAACAUCAAAAUGUCAUAGAUAGAAUGUUCCAAAUACUCGAGCUUAUUUAAAUGAUUAUUUUGUUAAACAUAUAAAUAUGGUAACAGUUUACCAAUAUUUAUAAUUCCUUUUUGGAUACCACCAUGAACAGUAUAAGUUUAUGCUCCCUUUUCAUUAUUGUAGCUGCUUCCACAGCUUCACCAGUGUUUAAUUCAACUUUGGACAGUUACAGCGGUUGUAACAUUAAUAGAUACGAAGAUGUAGCUUCAGUUACUGCCAAUUGUAAAAACAUCUAUGUAGGCAGUUUUUCUGUACUGCCUGGAAAAACUUUGAAACUUGCUCUUCAACCUGGUACCACUUUAACCUUUAACGGUAACAUAAAUUUCGGUUAUAUACCGUGGGACGGUCCAUUGAUGUGGAUCACUGGAAACGCCAUUACAGUACAAGGAUCAUCAACUCAUUUAUUGGACGGAAGAGGAGAGAAAUGGUGGGACGGACAUGGUGAUCACAGCAACAAAAAGAAGCCUCAAUUCAUGCUCAUCCAAGCCACCGGCGGCUCAGUCUUCAAAAAUAUCAAAGUUAGAAAUUGCCCACACACUUGCAUUGGAAUCUCUGAUUCGCAUGACUUGACUCUGCAGUACUGGAAUAUCGAUUCUAAAUUAGGGGAUACAAAAGGAGGAGCUAACACCGAUGGUUUCGAUAUUGCAAAAUCGUACAGAGUAACUAUCAGAGACACCAGCGUUUGGAACCAAGAUGACUGCAUCUGCGUCAACCAGGGUCAACAUCUUCUUUUUGAUAACAUGCAAUGCACAGGAGGACAUGGUUUAAGUAUUUCAUUUUACGGAAUCAACGUACAACAAGACUACACAAAUGAUGGCGACACACACAAACCAUUAGGCAAUAUCAAAAUCAAGCAGCUCACUAUGCAGGGCAUUUCUGGUACUUUGGGUGGUCCUUAUUCCCAAAGAGUAUAUAUUCUUUGUGGAGCUGGAGGAUGCAAUAAUUGGAAUUGGAAUGGAAUCAAUCUCAGCGGUGCUACUAAAAGCAAUUCUUCUUCAGACAAUUACAGUGGCUGUAACAUUAACAGAUACGUAGACGUAGCUUCAGUUACUGCCAAUUGUAAAAAUAUAUAUGUAGGCAGUUUUGCUGUACCGCCUGGACAAACUUUAAAACUUGCUCUUCAAUCUGGUACGACUUUAACCUUUAACGGCGAAAUUAGUUUUGGUUAUACACAAUGGACUGGUCCAUUAAUGUGGAUCACUGGAAACAGUAUUACAGUACAAGGAUCAUCAAGUCAUUUGUUGAACGGAAGAGGAGAGAAAUGGUGGGACGGACAUGGUGAUCACAGCCAAAAAAAGAAGCCUCAAUUUAUGCUCAUUCAAGCCACUGGUGGCUCAGUGUUCAAGAAUAUCAAAGUUAAAAAUUGCCCACACACUUGUAUUGGAAUUUCCGAUUCGCAUGACUUAACUUUGCAAAACUGGAAUAUAGAUUCUAAAGAUGGAGACACACAAGGAGGAGCUAACACCGAUGGUUUCGAUGUUGCAAAAUCGUACAAAGUAACUAUCAAAGACACCAGCGUUUGGAACCAAGAUGACUGCAUCUGCGUCAACCAGGGUCAACAUCUUCUUUUUGACAACAUGCAAUGCACAGGAGGACAUGGUUUAAGUAUUGCAGUUGGUGUGUAUAAUACUUACGCUCUCAAUACUGUUCACAACGUUACUUUCCAAAAUUCUGCUGUUCAUAAUUCAAGACUUGGUAUUGCAUAUUACGGUAUCAAUGUACAACAAGACUACACAAACGAUGGUGACACCCACAAACCCUUAGGCAAUAUCAAAAUCAAGGAGCUUACUAUGCAGAACAUUUAUGGUACUUUGAGUGGUUCCAAUUCCCAAAGAGUGUACAUUCUAUGUGGAGCUGGAGGUUGCAACAAUUGGAGCUGGAGUGGAAUCAACCUCAACGGCGCUUCUAAGGUUGAUUAUUGUAAUUUCUCUCCAAAUGGAUUCAAUUGUUAGAAUUACAAUUGUUGCGAAUUAUAUCGAAAAUUAAAAUAUAUAAAAUUGAAAAAAAUGUUUUUAUAUUUAAAAAUAACUAAUUAAAGAAUUGAAUAAAAAUUUAUUAAUAUUACCAAUCCCAGAGGAACUUCAGUGACAUAUUUUUGAUAUCAUUAGAUCACGUGGGAUACAGGUAUAAUUGAAGACCCUGUAGAAAGUUUAAAAUUUGCCCGAAACAAUAGUUGAUACAACGCCUACAAGGCGUCAUCCUACGACCUUUCUCGCCCAUCCUUUAAGAACCCUAAUCCAUAAUUUGAUUUAUUUAGUUUAUCAAAUACCGCAAGACAGACAUUUCCGUCAAAGAACCAUAAUGUCUUUAAUGUCUUGUUUAAUAGAAAUAACAGUACCACGUCGGACCGUCACGUCUACAUAAAAAUGAGUGGGAUUCAUAACUGUAUAGAAUAGAUCUUUUUGUUUAUGAUUCCAUUGUGUUUAUUAAUAAUAAUCUUUAUGCUUUGGUGGUACCGC